ACAGCCCGCAUACGUCUCUCCUCCAUAUAUAUGUGGUAAUAGAGUACUGUCAAAACUGUCGUGUAGUACAACUACACAUUUACAUACACAUAUUUCUUCUUUACUACCACUGUACGAUCAGUUUUUCAAUUCCCAUUGGUCACCGUAACCUGUAAACCUCAUCUCCUCUUCCCCACUCCCCAAAAUCUAUCCAAAUUCAACCCAAUUAAUAUGGACAUGGAUCACGGCCAUAUGCACGACAUGGGUCCGCCACCGUCGUCGGCCAUGGUGAACAAUGGAACCGGAACCGGAGGGAUGGGUCAUAAGAAGAUGAUGAUGCACAUGAGCUUCUAUUGGGGCAACGAAGCAACCGUUCUCUUCACUCACUGGCCGGGAACCAGAGGCUCCGGCAUGUAUUUUCUGUCGUUGGUCGUCGUCUUCGUGCUCUCCGUUUUGGUCGAGUGGCUCUCGCAUUGCCGGCUGAUUAAACCGGGAUCGGGUCAUGUCUCCGCCGGUCUGAUUCAGACACUGUUGCACGCGCUGAGAAUGGGUCUGGCCUAUAUGGUGAUGCUUGCCGUUAUGUCCUUCAAUGGCGGAGUUUUCUUGGUUGCGGUUGCGGGUCAUGCUCUGGGGUUCUUGCUGUUUGGCAGCAGGGUUUUCAAUAAAGGUGAUAGGGAUGGAAAAAACUCUCAUCUUCCUCCAAUGUCUUGUUGAUUUUUCGAUCUUCUGUUUACUUUUCUGUGUUUUUAAAGAAUAAAUUUUCUAGCGUGAUGAAGAUGUUGUGCUCGGGGAAUAUUUCAUUAUCAAAAAUCGUUUGUCAUUUUAAUUUUA